AGUUCUGCACUCCUCAAACAGUUUUAGUUGUAUCUGUUUUAGUUAUGUAUAUAUAAAGAAAUUGCAAUGAUGCUUCAAAGUUGUUUUUUGUUGCACUCUCAAAAGAUUGUAUUAUGCAAAUCUGCUGUAAUCAAACAUGUCUACAGGACUUUAAAGACCAGCACUAUUCCGCAUAAACGCACACCUGCUACUAUUGGUAUCAUGUCAUGGGUUCGUUCAGCAAACCGUAGAAGAUAUCUUGAGCAAAAAAUGAAAGAUAUUGUGAAGUCGGAGUCUGGACUUAUAAAGGAAGAGCAGCUUUCUCAAAGUGAACCAAAAAUUGAGUUUUUAAACUCUAGCAGAAUUCAUGACAAGUUAAAUGAAGACACCAUGCAUUCCCAUUUGAUAAAACCAACUGUCUUUCUGUCUAAAGAUAAGCAAACUGUAAUAUGUUAUCAUCCACCACCUAAGCCAUAUCCAGAGGAAUUCACAAAGCGAGCAGUUGGAAAGUCCUUGUUUGGCAUGAGCGAAGAAUUAAUUAAUACAUUUAAGUCAUCCAUGACAGAUGAUGAGAUUAAAGAGGCAAAGAUGUUGCAAACUGAAGAUCCUCGUUUGUGGAACAGUAAUGCUUUGUCAAAAUUGUUUAAAGUAAAACCAGAAGUAAUAAGUCGACUUGUUCCGAUGUCGAAACACGAUUUUGUUCGAGCUGAGGCUGAGAAAGAAGUCUACAAGGCUAUGUCAGUGAUGAAGAGGAAACAAUUCCGAGAUCUACAACAUUGGCAACGUCAGAAGUACAUCCGUGAAACACGUGGCCAAGAAUUCGCCAACUGGUACAAGCAGUUAGAUAUCAAGCCUAGAUCCAGAGCUUACGCCCCUCCCAAACUUUGAAUUGCUGAGCAUACAUAUUGCGAUAAAGCCAGGACAUUUGGUUAUCUGCUUGCAGUUUUAUCAAUUACAGAAAGAAACGUGAAAAUACUGCAAAGAAAACUUAUAAACCCAUUCUAUGAAUGUCGACGUUUGAGGACCCCACUGUAAUAAAAAAGGUGUGAUCAAUAUAAUCUGAAGGGAGUCCCACAGAUUAAUAAACGUUACUUUUUCUUCGCAGAGACAUAUUUUUGUAGAUACAAAUGUAUAAUGUUGAACCGUUUUUUAAAAAAGCAUAUCGAGGAAA